ACACACACACACACACACUCUCUCUCUUCUAUUGCUGACAGCGUCAUCUGCUGUCGCUUGGUUCAACCACAAAGGCAGGAAGCGAUUCAAGCCGCUGCUAGCGCCUGCUUGCCAUCUUGAGUGACGCCUCGCUUGGAAUUUCGUAAACAGUUUUUGGCUUUGCUUGAUCGCGCUUAAAGCGACGGGGACGCUAUGUCGAAGCGCAGGAUCGAGGUCGUGGAUCCCUAUAUUAAACGGAAAGCCAUGGAGACUUCCAUUUCCAACAAUGCAACAACUCCAGGGUCCACAGCGGCGAAGAGCCAAGUACAGUUUAAUCCAUAUACCAUGCUGCCAUACACGCCACGAUAUUACGAACUCUAUAAGAAAAGGAUAACUCUACCUGUAUUCGAGUACCGUACUGAUUUUAUGAGGUUACUGGCCCAACAUCAAUGUAUAGUUCUUGUUGGAGAGACAGGUUCUGGCAAAACUACACAGAUACCACAAUGGUGUGUGGAGUAUUCUAGAAGCAUUGGAAAUAAAGGAGUUGCUUGUACACAGCCAAGAAGAGUGGCAGCUAUGAGUGUUGCUCAAAGAGUGUCAGAAGAAAUGGACGUUGCCUUAGGUCAAGAAGUAGGAUACAGUAUUCGUUUUGAAGAUUGUAGUUCACCAAGGACUGUGCUGAAAUACAUGACUGACGGUAUGUUGCUUCGGGAAGGCAUGUCUGAUCCCAUGUUGGAUGCCUAUCAAGUGAUAUUGCUAGAUGAAGCUCAUGAAAGAACGUUAGCUACUGAUUUACUGAUGGGUGUUUUGAAAGAAGUGAUCAAACAAAGACCGGAUUUGAAACUUGUGAUUAUGAGUGCUACUUUGGACGCUGGAAAGUUUCAGCAGUACUUUGACAACGCACCGCUCAUGAACGUACCUGGUAGAACGCAUCCGGUCGAGAUAUUUUACACGCCGGAACCAGAAAGGGAUUAUUUGGAAGCGGCAAUUAGAACUGUCAUUCAAAUACAAAUGUGUGAAGAGAUUGCCGGAGAUCUUUUGCUAUUUUUAACUGGUCAGGAGGAAAUCGAGGAAGCUUGUAAGAGAAUUAAAAGAGAAAUGGACAAUUUAGGACCUGAAGUCGGUGAGCUAAAGUGUAUACCGCUAUAUUCGACACUGCCGCCGAAUCUUCAACAGAGAAUAUUCGAACCUGCUCCACCUACCAAACCUAAUGGCGCUAUUGGCCGGAAAGUCGUUGUCUCGACCAAUAUUGCAGAAACCUCAUUGACUAUUGACGGGGUUGUCUUUGUCAUAGAUCCAGGUUUUGCCAAGCAAAAAGUUUACAAUCCUAGGAUUCGUGUUGAAUCCCUUUUAGUGUCACCUAUUAGCAAGGCUUCGGCCCAGCAAAGAGCCGGCCGUGCUGGCAGAACAAGACCUGGAAAGUGUUUCAGAUUAUAUACAGAAAAGGCAUACAAGAAUGAGAUGCAAGAUAAUACUUAUCCUGAAAUUUUGCGUUCUAAUCUUGGAAGUGUUGUAUUGCAACUGAAGAAACUUGGCAUUGACGAUCUGGUACAUUUUGACUUUAUGGAUCCACCUGCACCUGAAACUCUUAUGAGAGCUUUGGAGCUUCUGAAUUAUUUGGCAGCUCUUGAUGAUGAUGGGAACCUGACAGAUCUCGGCGCAGUAAUGGCAGAAUUUCCAUUGGAUCCUCAAUUAGCGAAGAUGCUUAUAGCUUCUUGCAAUCAUAAUUGUAGCAAUGAGAUACUCAGUAUUACCGCUAUGCUUUCAGUCCCACAGUGCUUUGUGAGGCCGAACGAAUCGAAAAAAGCCGCGGAUGAUGCGAAAAUGAAAUUUGCACAUAUUGACGGUGAUCAUCUGACGCUACUUAACGUGUAUCAUUCUUUCAAACAACAUAUGGAUGAUGUCCAAUGGUGUUAUGAUAAUUAUGUGAAUUAUCGAUCGUUAAAGAGCGGAGACAAUGUAAGGCAACAGUUGAGUCGAAUAAUGGAUAGAUUUGUAUUAAAACGCACUUCGACGGACUUCAAUUCAAAAGAUUAUUACAUUAACAUCAGGAAAGCUCUUGUUAAUGGGUUUUUCAUGCAGGUAGCGCAUUUAGAAAGAACAGGACAUUACUUGACUAUCAAAGAUAACCAGGUAGUACAACUUCAUCCAAGCAGUUGUCUCGACCACAAACCAGAAUGGGUUAUUUAUAAUGAAUUUGUAUUAACUACUAAAAAUUAUAUCAGAACAGUCACCGAUAUAAAACCUGAUUGGUUGCUCAUGAUAGCACCACAAUAUUAUGACUUACAAAAUUUUCCUCAAUGUGAAGCAAAGAGACAGCUCGAACUCACCCAGGCAAAAUUAGACUCGAAACAAUAUCAGGAAGGCUUCUAACCUCUAUAUAUUUUAGACGUGUUCGAAAAUCGCAAGAAACUAUCGGGAAUGCUCAGUCAAAAAUCUGCUUUUAUUGUGACGAACUUCGGCACACAACUCUCUGACCUAUCAGAGCCACAUCACAUACAAAAUAUUGUGAGACACAUUAUCAAGAAUCACUUUCUGUCCUUCACUCAAAAGGCACAGACAAAAUAUAUUAGAACAUUUAGGUUUUUGUACAAGCUGAACACUAGCUUGUACGAUGUAAAAAUUGAACAUUUGAAAGAUUAAUUUAAAUUUUCGAUAUUUAAGCCAAAAGAUGGAAGGGAAAUGGACAAUUUAUUAACAUUUGAGACAUAGCAAAAUCAUAGUUAUUCAAUAAGAGGGUUAUUUAUGUACGUUUAAGAAAAAAAACUUAGUCUCUAAGUAAUUUUAACAGUAGAAUUCACAUUAAUCGUUUACAUUCAAACGCAUCGGAAUGUCAUUAGAUAUAAUAGAUUAAUUUUUGUAUUAAAUGUUGACUAUAUAAUAUGAAGAAGAUAUAUAAAAUGGCCACUAUAUAUAGUAAAAAAACAUAAUAGUCUCGUAUUUGCCUAAAAAGUGCUUCUUCCCCUGGUAACAGCAUGUCGCUCUUUUUUCUGAACUCGUAUAAUUUUAUGUUUUCAUACCUCAUAUUCUGUGCUCCUCCCCAAAUUUAGAAUAUGUUGCGACGUGUAUACGGUAACAUUUUUUAAUGGAAUGAAUAACGAGAAUGAUGUAUAUGCUUAUUAUAAACAUGCGUAUAUAUAAACUUUUUACUAAAAAAAUAGAACAAAUCUAAAUGAAUAUUUCUAGACACAUCCUUUAUGUCUGAAAAAAUCAAAUUAAGGAAAAAGAGAUAUUAAUAUAAUAUAUAAAAGCCAUAACUACAUAUGUACACGUACACACAGACACACACACAGUGGCCAGUUUAUGAAAAAGCAGCAUUCAGUGUAAUAAAGCAUAUUAGCACAUGAAAGAAAAACUGAAUUUGAAUGUCCUAUAUGUUUAUUGUUUAUUAUUGCUAUUCUACAUAUUUCUAUUAACAAUAAAUAUAUAGAUUUUUUUAGAGAAAAAGAAUCAAACAAUUCUGUCUCGAAUGUUCAAUGAAUUUUGUAAUCUACUCUACAAUUUCUGUAAGAACAACUAUAACUGUGUUUCUCUUUUAUUAUAUUUGGCUAUAACAAGAUACUUGACAUUUUUUGAUUUUGUAAAUAAAUAUGCGAAAAAAAAGAUCUUUAUGAAAUUUAUGGAAAUGCUAGUUAUAACAAAUAAUGUUUUAUUGCGUUAUACGUUUCAUUCCAAUAAAUUUGAAGCUUUUACCUCAA